AUGUUAUUGCCGCGGGCGGGCGGGGCGGGCGGUUGGUUGGUUGGUUGCCGGGGAGACGCGGAUUUCCGCCCGGACGGAACGACCACAGACACAGAGUUCCGUUUCCGGUCGGGCGGACAGGCGGUCGGGGCGGACAGGCGGCUGAGGGGGGGAAGCGCACCACGUGCCGGGGAGGAGGAUGCGGCGCUGACGGAGGAAGAAACGCGGCUCCUGUUCGAGAAGCUCUCAAGAUACAUUGGAGAGAAUAUUAAGCUGCUAGUGGAUCGUCCUGACGGAACCUACUGCUUCCGUUUACACAACGAUCGUAUUUAUUACGUCAGUGAGACCAUCCUGAAACUGGCAACAAGUAUACCUCGAAAUAAACUUGUUUCAUUAGGAACAUGCUUUGGGAAAUUCACCAAAACAUCAAAAUUUCGAUUGCAUGUAACGGCUCUCGACUACCUUGCUCCCUAUGCUAAGUACAAAGUAUGGGUGAAGCCUGGAUCUGAACAAUCGUUCCUGUAUGGAAACCACGUUUUGAAAUCUGGUCUGGGCCGAAUUACGGAGAACACGGCUCAGUAUCAAGGUGUUGUGGUUUAUUCCAUGGCUGACGUUCCAUUGGGCUUUGGAGUUGCUGCAAAAUCAACUCAAGACUGUCGGAAAUUAGACCCAAUGGCAGUCGUUGUAUUUCACCAGGCUGAUAUUGGCGAAUAUUUACGACAUGAGGAUACAUUAACAUAACUUAUCGUCUUAUUAGCUACAAAAAGAACUAUUUCUCACACGUCAGAUUCUCUAUGGAAGGGGAAGAUAAUUCAGCAAC